AUGUCGAGCUGGGUCGCAUUGAACGUUGAGCCUGAUGAGGCUGUCGAAGAGGAGGUUGACGACACCAAGGAGCUCCAGAUUGAGGAAGCUUUGAAGCUAUACCACAGUGCUUUGAAACUACACGCGCAAGGCCCCGAGUUCUACUCCCAGGCAGCUGAGGCAUAUGAAGCUCUUCUCAACUCUGAGAUCUUUAAAUACCCAGAGUCCAUCUCCGAUUUCAAAGGGGGCGCAUUCGAGGAUGCGCAGACCCAAGAAACCUCUGAUGGAAUCGCAGAACCGAUCGGCGAAUUCAAUGUCAACGAUUCCACCUCCAGUUUAUUUCAGACCCUUUACCUUUCCUACAAAAACCACGGCAAAUAUGUCCUUGAUGCGGUCCAAGAAUCUAUACGAACAGCACCGAAGACACCCGAAUCCGAGAAGGAAUCACAAAAGAAGUUGACGGAGGCGUCAAGGAAAGCGCUGCAAUCCUUCGGAGAUGCCUUGGAGCGAGAUGAUUCAGAUCUGAAUUUAUGGAGACAAAGUGCGAGACUCAGCAGUACCUUGCAGAGCCAUCGCUUGUCGCGGUACUGCUUGGAGAGCGUACUAGCAGAUGAUGACAAUCGCCUGGAAUUGCGUCCGGAGCAGCUCGGCCUGGAGGAGAUAUUUGCAGAGCAACGCCUUCGAAGCACCCUAGAGGCCCUUCUCGACAAGCUGUCUGCCUCGCAGAUUCCCGUCAAACGACCCAAGAAGGCUUUAUUGAAAUAUUUAAAACAGCAUGAGGAUCCUUACCCAAAUCUACCUGCUAUGCCGGCCAAUUUGCGGGACAUCGAUUCGUCCAAAGCACCUCUCGCAAUACAUACUUCCAUCAGAUAUAUCACCCCCGCAGCUCUGACCUGGGAGUCGGUUGGAAAGGCACUUCUCCACGCCCUCGAUGAAGAUGAUGAGGCCUCGCUUUCCGCUGUUCCAAGUCGGUCAAUCGGCAUUGUUCUACCGACAAGAGGCUCUGAGGCUCCUGGCUCACCGACUGCAAAGCUAGAGGACGUGGAGAUGACAAUGGAAGACGAUGGGCAUGAGAAAGCAACCGAGGAGAACGAAGUCGACGCGGAAACGCUUCAGACAACUGAGCAAGAAACAAGAGCCGAAGACCCCGAACCUGAACCCGAGCAAACCAAGGAGCCCGCAGAGCCAGUCGAGGAAUCCACAAGCAUCGAUCAAAGCGCAGAGAAGCAAUUGAUGGAAUCAUUAGAGCGCCAAUCAGCACAACCUCCAGAUCAGCAGGCCGAAAAUGAUGAGACCAAUGCUGAGGACCUUGACCCGAACUCUGCAGCAGCCGCUCGCAAACGAUCGUCUGCGUCAGCUGCCAACGAGGAGCCAGAGGGAGGACGGAUGAAGAGCAGACGGACACGUGCCCGCGAAUCGAACGCCGACGCCCUGGUAGUGCCCGAGGAAAUCGCUUUUGAUCAAGAAAAGUACUACGAAAACCGCCUGGAGAUUUUCGUCAACGCCGAUGAUUGGAUGUUCAGCACCAUUGAUUCUCUGUUUUCGAAAGUCGGAACCGAGGCUCUGGGGGGCAUCGCGAGUAUAAGGGCAAAGUGCUCGACAAGCGAAUCAACAGAUACACCCGAAGACGUUGAAACACGAUUAUUCCAGGAUUUACGCGGUAUUAUCAAGACAUGGGAUGACGAAAAGUCUCGAUUGAUGCAACAAAAAGACGAACUUUCACCCUUGAAGAAGGAUAUCCACGGUACAAGCAAGUCGGGCUUGGCUGUGUUCCUCGAACACUCACGGAAGGGUGCCCGGAAACCAAUUGUUGCGGAAGAUCUUCCCGCCGGGGAGCACCUAUAUGACUUCUCUGACUCCAUUAACAGUGAAUGGCGACACCCGCAUGACACCUCUUUUCACUGGGUCAAGUGCCUUCUGAUGCCAAACUUUGGUCGAGAAACCCCAGACUGGUCGACUGCGCAGUCGGCAUACAGGCGAUUCCUGUGGCCGAAAGAACUGAAGAGUACUUUGGUGGAUCUCUUACUCCGUGAAGAUGAGUUCAUCUACAAGAGGUCUGCUAAGCUGAUUGCCGAUCUUGAAAGCCGAAUUCUUGACGCAAGCAGUGAUGCUCCUUUUGAAUAUAAGGCCAGGGACUUCUUCGAACUUGAGAUGAUACAAUCUCUCUAUGAACUUCAUUUGGAUAUAUUUGCUUCAAUUGAAACCCUCGGCAACAAGACUAUGUUGACACGACUCUCACAAAGUGACAAGCUGAGUCGUUGGGGCAUGCUAGCCCGAUCAGCCGUGGAUCAUUUUGUCGAGAACGGACCGUCUGGUGAUUGCCAAAAAGACAUCACACUCCGUCAUUUGUGGACAUCUGCAUUCCAUGUAAAUCUUGCCGGAGAGGCAGAACGGGAGCAUAUCUUGCUUUGCCUCCAAGACCUGAAGCAAAUCCUACAGACCCUUGGAAAUCCAGACACCAACCUCAUAAACAAUUCCACCAUGUCUGAACUGUCUGCGGCUGUGAUAGACCAAGAAGUGUUGAAGCUCAAGUGUAUGGACUUCUUUGCCAAGGUCUUCAACUCUGACUCGGAAGAUCCUGUGUCUCUCAUCGAGGCAAUUGAACCCAUUCUUGAGCCCUCGUCGAUUGAGUAUGCGGAAUCAUUCGAGAACGACACGAAUCGUCCAACAUCGCACCUCAGCGAAAUGGCUGCCUUCUUGGACCGUGGAGAUGCUACAUUGCGCCUAUUUUUGUGGCGCAGACUUCUAGAGGCAUACCAAGCCAUCGACUACCCACCUAAAGUUGUCUCCUGCUAUCUGCGAAGCAUCGAAGUGGUAAUGACAGAACUUGAGGCCGCGAAACACAGCGAAGAAACAAGUCGACACCGUCAAGUAUCUUUGCUCAGUUGGCUCAAGGCUCUGGAUGGCAUCAUGGCCAAGGCUAUACCACUUGUUCUUGAAGAGUCAGACAAGGCCUACGAAUGUUUAGACCAAGAGCAUCUCCAAACAUCCAUGUCUGCAGUAUCUCGCCUUACUAGACUGUUGCACAGCUUUGUCCUAUUUGAGGAUUCGGUGCGGGUCGGCCAAACUUCUGGACGUGACCUCCGAGCAUCAUUAACGAAGUCGCUUGAAAACUUCAAGGAUAGGAUGCGAGAGCUGUACGUUCGCUGUUGGAUUCUACAGUAUACCCUUUUCCUGGAGGCAAUUGCUCAGAACAAAGAGCUUUUCGACGACGCGCUCGAAGAUCGGAUUCACUUCCUUCGUUCCGUCCACAAUGCAUUGGGCGUCCGAUCAAUGUGCCGGUACUCACAGAGGAAGUUCUUGAAACUUCUCAAAGCUGAGCUCUUUGACCUCGAGACGAAAGGAGACUAUGAAUUCGAUGUGUGCCAAAUUCUUUACGAUCUACACGGCAUCAAGUUUUCUCCAUUCGAUGGAACAAUGGAUCAUGGGUGUCCUUCGGAGAAGCUGGAUCGCCCUACAGCUAUAAUGAUGAUCGAUUUUGUUUUGCAACAAGCAAAUAAGAUGAACAUGAAGGACUUGUCAAAAUCCGAACUGAAGACGACGAUCGAAAAAAUGCAGACAGCAAUUGGUAUCGCCAAGGCUACGUCUUCGCAGACACCACAGCUGAUUUUCAAUCGUCGGAUCAUCAAUGCCUAUCUUAAAGCCGCACUGAACCCAUCUAACCUUCUCCGAGCCGUUCAAGGCAUUACAGAGCUUUCAACAACAGUAGUUCCAACUGAGAAUGCAAAGAUUGCUGCUAAGGGAUGGUUUUUCCUUCUUGGCCAUGCCGCCUUGACCAAGUUCCGUUCUCAAAAGCGUCUCAGCCCUGGUUCAACAAGUGAGCUCGAUGAUGCCAUCAGCUUCUUCAGGCAGGACCUGGAACAUGGAUCAGGAAGAUGGGAAACUUGGUUCAGACUGGCACAGGCAUACGACUCCAAGCUGGAUGAAGAUAUAACAUGGACCGCAGACAAAAUUAACAACAGCCGCGCGGAUCUAGCAACACUCCAACGAAACGCUAUUCAUUGCUAUGCAAUGGCCGUUUCAACAGCAAUCAGGACCGCAGAGCCAACGGCAGAGACGAGAGCCUUGAUGUCGGAUCUUUACUCUGACUUCGGUAUUCGUCUGUACUCAUCUUCUCGCGAGCCGCUGUCCAUGGGUGCCUUCAGCGUAGAAGGUUUUCCUCGGCAUUUCAGCAGCGAAGAGAGUCAGCAGAUGUACAAGGGACAGCCUUUCAAAGAAAUGUCGGAAUACUCGGUGUGGAACUUUGCCAGCAACCUUCUCAAACGGGCAGCCGUUGACAAGUCAAAACGAUGGAUGACCCAUUAUACGCUUGGAAAGUGUCUCUGGAAGAUGUACAACAGCGACGAUUCUCUCAGGACGAGCCCAAAACGGGUUGAGAUGCAAGAGGUGCUGGAUGCUCUUUUCGAUGCGAUCAAUGCACUGCCACAGCGAAGAGACUCGCGCUCUGACCCGAUCUUUGAACCGCACUUCAAACUCUUCUCUUUUGUGCACAAGCUAGUUCUUCGAGGAAAGAUGACGCCUACCGAAGGAAGCAAAGCCUUACUCGCUACCCCUUGGGCCAAAAAGGUCGAUGUUCCUGAGAAUAUGGAUGCAUGGAACUCAUAUAUGAUGGAAGUUCUUCGAAAGUUCAAGAGUGCUGAUAAAUCCAAUUGGCAUCAUCGGAUGGGCGUAAAGGCUGCGCAUUUGGUUUACGACGGUCAACCAAACCCUGCUGCUGCGAUUGCUGCCAAGCACGAGUUAUCCCAGAUCUUCACCAAGACACUCACCAUCCAAGUCUGGCGCCCUGAAUUCGAACGCCCAGGUAGACAUUUCGUCUAUACCACUCGAUAUGUAUACUUCUUCGUCGGCCUGCUUGAUCAGUUAGAUGAUCGCGCAAGCUUGGAUCAACUAUUACGUCGCCUGAGAAAGAAGCAGGGCGAUUUCCUCAAUCACACCACACUCUGGGAGGAUAGUUGCCUGAAGUAUGCGAAGCUCAUCCGCCGUGCAGCAAAUAUCAACGAAGGACAUGAAGACGGCGUCUUCAAACCAAUCGGAUGGGAAGAAUUCUCCACCAAAACAGCUCGCAUGGAAAGCCUACCCAAACUAUCACCAGAGAGCCAACCCCUCCUGGAACUCCUCCGCGAAGCCCUGGAACUAAAGAAACUAAACAACAACCUGAUGAAAGUCACCAUGUUCGAAGAUCUAAUCGCAGAUCUCUACGCCCGCGUCUACGAAGUUAAUAUGCCCCUCCUAGUCGAGCAAGUCAACGACGAAAACAAAGAAAAAAUGAACCUUACCCACCUUCUCAUGACAGGCGAAGCUUCCGCCGAAACUUCUACACCACCUACUCCCCUCCCUACUUCUGAUACCCCCGCCCCGCGUGGCCGUACUAAGGGUAUUGCCCGUCGCGAUAUCCAGAAGCGGGCUGAUACGAUCGUUAACACGAAGCUUGCUCGUCGUGCUCCUGCGAAUCAAUUGACCGCUCCGGGUGAGAAUGACCCUCCCUCUACGCCGCAUGGUGCGUCUAUGCCUGGUGUGGUGUCGACUCCUGCUGGUGGUGGUACAGGCAAACAGCCUCCUGCGAGUGGAGAUGGCGCUGCUGGGCAGAAGGGUCAGCAUGAUAGUGCUGACGAGAGUGACGUUGGCGAAGGCGAAGAUCAGACGAUGCUCGAUGAAGGGAAUUCGACGCUUUUCCCAGCAGUUACUGAUGCGGAGGAAGGCGGGACUGGGGAUGAGGGUGCUGAUGAGGGUGAUGGGGAAGAUAAUGAGGAUGAGGGCGAAGAAGGGAAUGGCGAUGAUGAUGGAGAGGAAGAUGAGGAGACGCAGGACGAGGAGGCAAAGGGCAAUCUUACUGCUGAACAGUCUGCUAAUGAGACGGAGACUGAGCCUUCCGCUGGGAAGGCGGUUGCAUCUAAGGGUGACCCUGACGCAAUGGAGAUCACCUUGAUUGAGUGA